AUGCGUUCCUCCAUUAUCCUAAGUGCCCUGUGCGCCCUUGGCGCUAUGGCUGAAAUCGAGCCCGCCUAUGUUACCACCUGGACCACCACCACUGUGACCGACUGGACUGUCAUCACCAUCACCAAGACAAUCACCGUUCAGCCUACCACCGAGGCUACUGUUGAGCCUACAUCGGCCCCUGCCACAGAGGUCAAGGUUCAGGAACCUGAGCCCGAGCCCGUGGAGGUAGAACGCACCACUACUACUACCCAGGCUCCCGCACCCGUCGAGACCUCUUGGUCCUCUACCUGGACCUCCACCUGGGAGUCGACCUUGACUGCCACCCAGGAGCCUGAGACCACCACUACCAUGACCAGCGAGGCUACCCAGGCCCCCGCGCCCACCACCAACACCUACCAGGGCAAUGUUCUCUACAGCCACAAUGUUCACCGUGCCAACCACUCUUCCACCGACCUUACCUGGUCUUCUGAUCUCGAGGCAAGCGCUCAAGCCCUUGCCGCCAGCUGCGUCUACCAGCACGACACAAGCAUCAACGGCGGCGGAUACGGCCAGAACAUCGGCUACGGUGUCUCUUCUGAUGAGGUUGCUGUCAUGAUCUCCAACCUCAUGUACAACGAUGAGGCCCCAUACUUCGAGAACCUGUAUGGACAGGCUAGCCCCGACAUGAGCCUGUUCGAGAAGUGGGGCCACUUCUCUCAAAUUGUCUGGAAGGGCACCACUGAAGUCGGUUGCGCCACCGUUGUUUGCAACAGCCUUGGAAACGUGGACUCUGCCACUGCUGUACCUUUCACUGUCUGCAACUACAGCCCUCCAGGAAACUAUGACGGAGAGUAUGCAGACAACAUCGCCCGUCCUCUCGGGAACGCCGCCUACUCUGCUUGA